AGCCGCGAGGCGGCCCCCAGACCGUGAUGGCGCAGUUUUCAGCCGUUAUGAAUGGGGGCCCCAACAUGUGGGCGAUCACCUCAGAAGAGCGGAGCAAGCACGAUAAGCAGUUUGACAGUCUCCGGCCCGCUGGGGGACACAUCACAGGUGACCAGGCGCGUGGCUUCUUCCUGCAGUCUGGCCUUCCUGCUUCCGUGCUAGCCGAAAUAUGGACGCUCUCGGACCUCAAUAAGGAUGGGAAGAUGGACCAGCAGGAAUUCUCCAUAGCCAUGAAGCUCAUCAAGCUGACGCUUCAGGGGCAGCGGCUGCCUCCGGCCCUGCCUCCCGUGAUGAAGCAGCCGCCCGUGUUCUCCCCCUUGGCGUCUGCUCGCUUCGGAAUGGGGAGCAUGCCCAAUCUGUCCGUGCCGCAGCCCGCGCCUCCGGCCGCCCCCUUGGGAGCCGUGUCCUCCAGGCCUUCAGUCACUUCCCUUCCUCCCUUGGUGAUGGCCGCCCCCCUGGUCCCCUCCGUCAGUACGUCCUCCUUACCCAACGGGACGGCCACUCUGAUCCAGCCCCUGGCCGUCCCCUUCUCCUCGGCAACAUUGCCUCACACGUCGUCGUACGGUCUCUUGAUGGGCAGCUUUGGCGGCUCCUGUAUCCAGAAGGCUCAGUCUCUGAUUGACCUGGGUUCGAGCAGCUCGACGUCUUCUACCGCCUCUCUGACGGGGGGCUCCCCCAAAGCCGGAGCCUCUGACUGGGCCGUCCCGCAGCCCUCGAGGCUGAAGUACCGCCAGAAGUUUAACAGCCUGGAUAAGGGCAUGACCGGCUACCUCUCAGGUCUCCAGGCCCGGAACGCCCUCCUCCAGUCCAACCUCUCUCAGACCCAGCUUGCGACCAUUUGGAACCUGGCCGACGUGGACGGGGAUGGUCAGCUCAAAGCGGAAGAGUUUAUUCUGGCCAUGCACCUGACCGACAUGGCCAGAGCCGGGCAGCCCUUGCCUCUGACCCUGCCUCCGGAGCUGGUGCCGCCUUCUUUCAGAGGAGGAAAGCCUGUGGAUUCCCUUAAUGGAGCGCAGCCUUGCUAUGAGAGGACGCAAGAAGAGCCGCCUCAGAAGAAGCUACCAGUGACUUUCGAGGACAAGCGCAAAGCGAACUACGAGCGCGGGAACGCGGAGCUGGAGAAGCGGCGGCAGGCGCUGCUGGAGCAGCAGCAGCGGGAGGCCGAGCGCAAGGCGCAGAAGGAGAAGGAGGAGCUGGAGCGCAAGCAGAGGCUGCUGCAGGAGCAGGAGUGGAGGAGGCAGCUGGAGCUCGAGAAGCAGCGGGAGCUCGAGAGGCAGAGGGAGGAGGAGAGGCGGAAGGACCUGGAGAGGCGCGAGGCUGCAAAACAGGAGCUGGAACGGCAGCGGCGAUUGGAAUGGGAGAGGAUUCGCCGCCAGGAGCUUCUCAAUCAGCGGAAUAGGGAGCAGGAAGAAAUCGUCCGGCUACAGACGAGGAAGAAGGGGCUUCACCUCGAGCUGGAAGCCCUGAGUGGCAAACAGCAGCAGAUCUCGGGGCGCCUCGAGGACAUGCGGCUCCGAAAGCAGAGUCGGAGGAGCGAGCUGGAGGCUCUGGACAAGCAGUGCGACCGGGGGGUCCUGGAGAUCGCCCAGCUCCAGCAGCAGCUCCAGGAGUCUCAGAGGCAGCUCAUGUACUUGGUGCCCGAGAAGCAGCGGCUACAGGAGAAGAUUCAGCACCUGCAGCCGGACGGCUCGGCCCCUUCGGGAAUCGGCGCCAUCCACCAGAAGUCUGCUGAGAAGGAGGGUCUGUGCCAGAGGCUGAAGGAGCAGCUGGACGCCCUCGAGAGGGACACGGCCGCCAAGCUCUCGGAGAUGGACGCCUUCAACAGCGAGCUGAAGUGUGUGACUAUGGAUGACUGUAUUCUGCGGUGCCUUUUGUCCCUGCUCAGCUGUCUGCAGCACCUCUUCCUCUUACUUAAGGUCUCUCCGGCCGGCGCCUCGGCUCUCUCUGCCCUCCCCGGCCGCGCGGCCCUUUCUCUUUCUGCUCGCUUCCGUCGCCUUCUGUCCUCCGGCUUGCCGCGCUUGGGUGCGGGGCCGGGAAGCCGGGCCUCUGGGCCGCCCCCAGCUGGCUCCGGCUCGCGAGGGGGGGGGGCAGCGUGCGAGCAGAGCGCGGGGCCUGCAGGGCCGCCCGCCAGGUAA